UGAGGACGAGAGGCGGAAGAGGUGUGUUUUCCUUACGAGACAACUGGAGUUCUCACUAAAUGGCGAAAACACGCUUAGUACAGCUGAUCACAAGAGAGAAAAUAAAGGAACACACUGGAAAAGGAGCACAAGCCUAAAGCUGAUCUUUUAUUUUUAUUUUUUUAAUCCGUGUGAUCUUCAGAUCAAAGACGGAAACAACAAGGAAAAGGACACCAGGUUGUUUUACUACUUCCAGAAGCUACAAACAGAUGAAUGCAGCCAGCUAAACCCCUCUGACAAGAUUUAGAGUUUGAUGCCAGCAGAAUGGGGAACAGCAACAGCGACAGGGCCAGCGGGGGUCAGGGUGAAAGGUCAUACAGAGAUGGACAACAAGGAGGGAAAGAGGCUCGUCCCAACAUCCUGAUGGACAGCACAGAGGACGCAGACCUUUUCCAGAGAGAAGAUCCAAAGGCCCCGCAGGAAUUACAGGAGUUUCUGGCCUGGCAGCAGGAUCUAGAGAGCGACAGCAAGAGCCCAACACAAGCCAGGCAGACUGUGUUCAGAUGGUUGGGGGGCGCGAAAGAAGUCUUUGUGUCUGGUUCUUUUAACAACUGGGCCACCAAGAUCCCGCUUAACAAAAGUCAGAAAAACUUUGUGGCUAUCGUGGACCUGCCGGAGGGAGAGCACCAGUACAAGUUUUGCGUAGACGGACAGUGGACGUUGGAUCCGACUGGGGCCGUCAUGACGUCUAAAACUGGGACGGUCAAUAACGUCAUCCAGGUGAAGAGAACAGACUUUGAAGUCUUUGAUGCCCUCAAGGUCGACUCACAGGAUUCUGCAGACAUCUCAGACUUCUCCAGUUCCCCUCCUGGCCCUUACCUACAGGAUGCAUACGUAAUCAAGCCAGAUGACAAGAUAAAAAGUCCUCCUAUCUUACCUCCUCACCUGCUGCAAGUGCUGCUUAACAAGGACACAGGCAUCUCUUGUGACCCGACUCUGCUGCCAGAGCCAAACCAUGUGAUGCUCAAUCACCUGUACGCCCUCUCCAUCAAGGAUGGUGUGAUGGUUCUCAGCGCGACACACCGAUACAAAAAGAAGUACGUGACCACUCUUCUCUACAAGCCGAUCUAAUCCACAGAGCCGUGAUCCAGCCUCUCUGUUUGUCUUUUAAACUUCUUCUGUUGUUGAUUUGUUUUGUUGAAAAUUCAACAUGAAUAUCUUUCUGAUAUGAAAGAAACAGUUUUUUUCCCCCCAUCCUGUAAUCUGAAAUUCCGAUCGUGUUGUGAUCGUGCACAACCGCUGGAUGUCGUUCUUUUCAUUCCAACCUUGCUUGACCCUGAAUCGUCAAUAGAUUUUUAGAGAAAGAAACUUAUGAUGUCAACCUGCCCAAACAAAGACUCACAAGCAAAUGUUCAAAAAAAAAACUUAUCAACACAGUGUUCUUUAACUUUUUCUCUUGGUUAUAUUUUUAUACAAGACUGUGUUAAAGCAUUAAUCAAAACUAUAAAGCUGUCUUUUCAACUAGACAUAUACAUUCCAAGAAAUAAAUAUCCACCUCAUACCAAAGCCAAAGUUGAAUUAAAUAUGUAAAUAUUUAAUUACCCUGGAAUUGUAAAAAACUGUGAACUUAAAUAUAGAAAAAUGUAACUGAGAGAAGCACAAACAUAAGGACACAGUCAACAGUCAACACAACACUACCAGAUGCUCGCUCUCUUUUAUUUUAAACUGCAGCCUGUACAUAAUCAUACUUCUU